AGCAGAGCAGAAGGAGAACCAAAGAUCUGAAUCACGGUGGAGAUGGGUGAGGAGGAAAGACUUGCUGGCAUCCUGGAUGAUAUAGUUGAUAAUGAAUUUGGUAGCUUCAAAUGGCACCUAAAGAGAGAGAUCUGGAAUGGCAUGGAUCCCAUCAAGGCCUCCAAGCUGGAGAAGGCGGAGAGGCUCGACGUCGUGGACCUAAUGGUGCAGACGUACCAGUUCGCUGGAGCUGUAAUAGUUAUGAGGACUAUUUUGGAAAAGAUCAAGAGAAUUGACCUGGUGAAGAAGCUCAGUGACCCGAGUCCUGAAGCCGCAGUUGAAGAUUUUGCUGAUCUGUGUCAACAUGGCCACAAAGAACAUCUGAAGAAGACAUUGCAAUGUCUCCGUGAAGGCAUCGCAGAAGCUGGAAAGAAAACCUUUCUAAACGAUAUCUACACAGAGCUCUACAUCUUGGAUGGAGGAUCUGGAAAGGUUAAUAAUGAACACGAAGUCAGACAGAUUGAAAGAGCAACCAGCAAACCAGGAAAAACAAUCCUACUAGAAGACAUCUUUAAACCCCAACCUGAAAAUAACCAACCAAUUAAAACAGUGAUGACAAAGGGAGUGGCCGGCAUUGGGAAAACAGUCUUAACACAAAAGUUCACUCUGGACUGGGCUGCAGACCAAACCAACCAGAACAUCCAGUUCAUAUUUCCAUUCACUUUCAGAGAGCUGAACACAUUGAAAGAAAAAAGGUUCAGCUUGGUGGAACUAAUCCAUAAAUUAUUUAUUAAAAGCAAAGAUGUCUGUAACUUUGAACAGUACCAGGUUCUGUUUAUCUUUGAUGGUCUGGAUGAGAGUCGACUUUCACUGGACUUCCACAACAAAGAGAUCCUGACUGAUGUCACAGAGUCCACCUCAGUGGAUGUUCUGCUGAUAAACCUCAUCAGGGGGAAACUGCUUCCCUCUGCUCUCCUCUGGAUAACUACGCGACCUGCAGCAGCCAAACAGAUCCCUCCUGAGUUUAUAGACAGGGUCAUAGAGGUCAAGGGGUUCACCGACUCACAGAAGGAGGACUACUUCAGGAAGAAAUUCAGAGAUGAUGAGGAGAAGGCCAACAGGAUCAUAUCACACAUCACCGCAUCCCGAAGCCUUCACAUUAUGUGCCACAUCCCAGUCUUCUGCUGGAUCACUGCUGAUGUUCUGGAGGAUGAAUUGAAGAGCAAAGAGGGAGGAGAGCUGCCCAUGACCCUUACCGAGAUGUACAUCAAGUUCUUGGUGGUUCAGAUCAAAAUCAAGAAGAGAAAGUAUGAUGGGGGAGCUGAACGAGAUCCAGACAUCAGUAAGAUGGUUCAGGCUUUGGGAAAACUGGCUUUGGAGCAGCUGCUAAAUGGAAACCUCAUCUUCUAUAAGUCAGACCUCCAGGAUUGUGGCAUAGAGAUCAAAGAUGUUUCUUUCUCAGGAGUGUUCACUGAGAUCUUUAAAGAGGAGACGGGGAUGGGCGAAACCUCUGUCUUCUCCUUUGUUCAUCUGAGCAUCCAGGAGUUUCUGGCUGCAGUCUACAUGCUCCACAGUUUCACCACAAAGAAUACAGAGGUAAUGAUGAUGCUCCUGGAAGAAGACGACCACUCGUCUUUGUAUUACUUCUUGACUUCUUUCUUGAGCCUGUCCAAGAAAACAGACCAUGGCUACACACUGGAUGAGUUCCUGAAGAAGGUCAUGGAGAAAUCCCUCAGCAGUGAAAAUGGCCACCUGGACCUGUUUGUUCGCUUCCUUCAUGGCCUCUCUGUGGAGUCCAACCAAAGACUCUUAAGAGGCCUGAUGGGUCAGACAGAGAACAGCCCAGAAACGAUCCGGAGAAUCACAGACAAUCUGAAGAAGAUGAACACUGAUGACAUCUGUCCUGAUAGAAGCAUCAACAUCUUUUACUGUUUGAUGGAGAUGAAUGACCUCUCAUUCUGUAAGGCGAUUCAACAGCUCCUGGAGUCAGGGAAGAAACUUUCAGAGGUCCAAUGCUCAGCUCUUGCCUACAUGCUGCAGAUGUCAGAGGAGGUUCUUGACGAGUUGGACCCAAAGAAGUACAACACAACAACAGAUGGACAACAGAGACUGGUUCCGGCUGUGACAAAUUGCAGGAAGGCCGUACUUGGUAAGUGUUGGCUCUCAGAGGUUGAAUGUGAAGUUGUGGCCUCGGCUCUGCAGUCCAACCCCUCCCAUUUGACUGAACUGGAAAUAAGUCAGUUCUGCAAACUGAAAGACUCUGGAAUGAAGCAUCUGUGUGAGAUCCUGGAGACUUCAGUCAGCAUAGUGAAGAGUUUGAAGUUGGAGAAUUGCUGCUUGUCAGAGACCAGCUGGUGUUCCCUGUUCUCAGCGCUGAAGUCCAACUCCUCCCAUCUGACAGAACUGGACCUGAAUGGCAACAACGACCUGAGAGAUUCUGGAGUGAAGGAGCUCUGUGGUUUCCUGUGUACUCCUCUCUGCAAAAUACAAAAACUGAGAUUGCAAGACUGCGGGUUGACAGAGCUCAGCUGUGCUUCCCUGGUCUCGGCUCUGAAGUCCAACCCGACCCAUCUGAAGGAACUGAACCUGAGCCUCAACGAUGGCCUGAAAGACGCCGGAGUGAAGGAGCUUUGUGCUUUUCUUCAGACUCCUUUCUGCAAAAUACAGACCUUGAGACUGAGAAGCUGCAGUUUGUCAGAGAUCAGCUGUGCUUCUCUGGCCUCAGCUCUGAAGUCCAACCCGACCCAUCUGACAGUACUCAACCUAAACUACAACAAACAUCUCAGAGACGCUGGAGUCAAAGAGCUCUGUGGUUUUCUACAGAGUCCUGACUGUAAAAUACAAAGACUCAGUUUGGUGAACUGCAAGCUGUCAGAGGUCAGCUGUGCUUCUCUGGUCUCGGCUCUGAAGUCCAACCCCUCCCAUCUGGAACAACUGGACCUGCUUUCGAACAAACUGAAGAGUUCAGACAUUCAGCAGCUGAAGGAUCUGGUGAAGACUGUGAGGUUGAAAUGAUCUCAGGAAAAAGAGAGAAGCAUCGCUGUGUCCCGAUGAGUCGCCUGAAUGCCUGCUUGAAGAUGCAGUUGAAAAGAGAUUCCGAUGAUGAACUUUGGGAUGAAAGAUUUUUUGUAUCCUGUUUAUUUUCUCAUUAAAGUUUCGAAAAUAUUCUGAGUAAGGAGACGAGGGUCGGCUGAUUCCCUCUCCGGAUGUUUCAGAGCAGAGGGUCCAGAUCCAGGCUAUGUUCUAACAUUCAGACUUUACCUAUAUGUAUGUAGUUAUGAAACGAGAUAAACAGAGUGUGUUAGUUCCAUAGUUAUUGCUUGCUUUAUUGCUGCAUAAUCCAUGGUUUUGCUUAAGCGGUGGCUGUCCUAAAUAGAUACUUAUUAUAAAUAUACAUUGUUCUGUUGGUGUGUGCUUGUUGUAUUGGGUCAGGUAGAUGCUGCAGUUUUGUUUAUCUAAACCACAGAGUCACAGCUGAUUUUCCACAUCUUCCUUUUCUUCCUACCCUUCACUGGGCAUUUUUCUAUCUUAACAGUGAUUUUGUGUUUGAUAAAUAAGUUCCCAGGGUUUGCAACAAGCUUGGGAGUUGCAAUAAUCUCCUGCACUGUUUUAUAAAAACAGAUUAAGUUUGUAAUCAUAAUUUAGGUAUUAAACACGAUUUACUUCUUUAUUCAGUUUAAGGAUGAAUAAAUGUUUUCACGCUGCCUGUUUUGCAUCUGCUGGUCACCUGAUGUUGCGGCGGAGCGAAUGAAAUCAUGAAUCAGACAGAUGGAUGGAUCGCCUCAAGCUUCCUCUCGCCAUCACCGCUGAUGUUGCGUUUCUUUGGAUGGAUGAAGAUUCAAUUCCAAAUCCGUUCCACUCGGUGGCUUUGUGAGUUUUGAUCUGAACUUGAUUCAACUGGAAAGUUUCUCUCCGAUUUACUCUCAGCCUGCAACUAAAGCAUGUGAAAUAGACAUCGAGUCAACAGAUCCCAGCCUGCAGUUCUCUUUAUUCGCAUGCAGGUUUUGGAUGUUUUUUUGUUUUUUUUUUUCAUAAUAUUAUCUAUAGAUGUUUGGUCAUUUUAUCUGCUGCUGCAAUGAGCUCAGUGACUAAAUGAUGUUGUUUUUUUUAAUUAGAGAGAUGUAGCUUCUUUUUUAUGUCAAACAUUUCUUUUUUUCUUCUUUAUGAAGAGUAAAAAUAAAGUUUGUUGCUCUCCA